GAGCUUCCCCCAAAACGAUCACGUGAUUUGCCUGAGGGGACCCCGAUACACUAUCUGUACUUUAGCCUGAUUAUUGAUCGCUUCAGUUGUUUCUUUUUGUUCAAAACUUUUCUUUCAGUUCGGGACACACACACACACACACGGCGUAAUGGUAACUCUACGCCACUCGAGCAUGCACGUCCUCAAAUGUGGCUCACGAAGGCGGCCGAGAGAACUGACAGAGAGACAGACGCAGAGACGGGUGGGCGGGUGGGCCGACUGAAGUACAGACAAGCUCACUGUUCAAUAAUCUUCAUUGUUUCAUACGUAAUCAUAAUGUGCACUUUAUUUAUACUGUAG